ACUUUUAAACAUGAGCGGUACAUCAGCUGGAGUUAAGACCAAAUCUUAUCUACCAAACUCUCUUAAUUUUCAAGAUCGUGAGAUAUACAAGAUUGGUUUCACAGCUUUAGAUUGUAUGCGAAGAGACGGAAAACUAUGCGACGUCACGUUGAUUGCGGAUAAUAAUCGCUUCACUGCACACAAGAUUGUAUUAGCCGCCACUAUACCUUUCUUCAAUGGAAUGUUUCUGAGUAACAUGGCAGAAUCUACUAAAAGCGAGGUCACCAUUCACGGAGUUGACGCUUGUGCUUUAGAGGCGUUCAUUGGUUAUGCUUAUACUGGCUUAGUUCAAAUCAAUCCUCGUAAUGUUCAAUCAAUUUUAAUCGGUGCCAAUUUUUUACAGCUGAAUAAUGUUCGUAACAUCUGUUGCAGAUAUAUCAGUGAAAGAUUGACUGUCGACAUAGUCUUACCGAUAAGAAAUCUCGCUCAAAGCUAUUUAUGCACAGACUUGGUAUCUGCUUGUGAGGCAUAUAUCUACAAAAAUUUCGAAGACAUCGCACGCACAACUUCAUUUUUUAAUCUUGAAGGAUGUGAAUUGAUGGAAUUACUGGAGUCAGAUGAACUGAAUGUCAGCAGUGAAGAACGCUUGUUUCAUAUAAUUAUGUCUUGGGUUGAAUUUGAAGCAAAAUCCAAUCCUGAUACUGAAACGAAUUCUGUUAUAUCAGAGUCUGUUAACGUAAUUGAGCUACCUGAAAAUUAUGAUAGUAAUGUGUAUUCGAUAAAACCAUCUGUUUCAAGUGAGAUUGGUCAUCAAAAUUUGUGUUGUAAUGGUUCUUUACAUUCUACACAUCAUUCCCAUAGUUGUCAUUGUUCUACACAAAUAUUCAAUAGCAAACCACGCACUGACUUUCUUCCAUGCCUUCUUAGGCGAAUCAGACUACCUCUAAUUCCAGUUAGCUACAUUUUUUCAGUUAUUUCGCGGCAUGAACUUAUUCGAAAGGACAUUCGUUGUAGAGAUAUUCUAGAUGAAGUACGUGAUGUACUUCUUAUGUCAUGGAAGACGUCGGAAUUCUUUAAUUGUCGACCUAGAAGAUGUCAAGAUAUUUUCGGUGUUAUUUAUGCUGUUGGAGGUUGGAAUACAGAUCUAGAAUGUCAUGGGAUUGUAGAGAUUUAUCAUCCCUCACUUGGUCGUUGGGAAUUAUCAGAAAGUAUGAUAUCUAAGCGUAGUCGUAUCGGUGUGGUUGCUUUGAAUGGACUAUUAUACGCUAUUGGAGGUUUUGAUGGAAAUUCUCGCUUGCGUACAACUGAAGUAUAUAAUCCAAAAACUGGAAAAUGGGCAACCGUUGCUUCAAUGAUUUGUCGACGUAGUGCUGCAGGAGCUGCUGCUUAUGAUGGAUGUCUGUAUGUUUGCGGUGGUUUUGAUGGUCAAACAUCUUUACGUACAUGUGAGAUGUAUAUUCCAGAACAAGAUACAUGGAAGUUAAUAUCAAGCUUAAAUGAACCCAGAUCAGCUGGUGGUCUUGUUGCUCUCAAUGGUCGUCUUUAUGCUAUUGGUGGGCAUAAUGGUUUAGCUGUUUUUUCAACAGUAGAAUGCUAUGAAAAAAGUGAUUUACCUAAAACACUCUUACCAUCCUCUCGUUUUGAAACUGAUCAUCAGAAUAAUGGUAUUCGGCAAAGUCCUACUAAUGUAUGGUAUUCAGUAGCUAACAUGUUACAUCGACGAUGUCGACAUGGCGCAACUGCGUUUCGUGAUCGUAUAAUUGUUGCCGGUGGUUAUGAUGGUGCUUCAUUUCUACAAAGUGUUGAAAUGUUCGAUCCUACAACUGGUCCAGAUCGUAAUGGUUUACAUGGACAAUGGACUGAAAUUUCAUCUUUGUCAGUCCCUCGUUCUCGAGUUGGAUUGGCUGUAACUGCAGGUUGUUUAUAUGCAAUAGGUGAGUCAUAUUUUUUCUAUGGCUUGAGUGUAGUACCAUAGCUGGUGAUACGUUGUUGCUGUUAAUGAUAACGUAUGCAAAUGUAAGCGACUUUUAGUUCAUAUGUGCUCCGAUCUUGGAUCUAUGAUUCAGUGGUUAGGCAGUUGACUUUUAGUCAUCCGUUCGGAAGAUUCAAACUCCUCUCCUUUUACAUCAUCAUUCAAGUAGCAGUACCGCACUCUUAGUUAUACUCAAAAGUGAGUGUGUAUACCUGUAUAUGGUUAUCAAGUUAUUAGCUAAUUAAGUUAUUGGCUAACAUCAAUGAUGAUACACCAUUGAAAUAGUUUCUUUUUUGUGGCCAACGAAUUACUGUUCGCUAUUUUAAUGCGGUGGAUGUGUUUACAGUUGUAGAAAAUUGUCUUCAUAUGGUAGAAAUUGAUUUACUUCAUGGAAUGUUACCCAGUCAGUCAUGAGUCAUAAACAUAGAAGUAGGAUUCGGGACCAAUAGGGAUAGAUACGGGUUAUUUAAUUUCAUAUUAGAAUAUCGAGAAGAGAAAUUAAUGCAAUGAAAAUGGGAAGACCAAAGUAAAAUAUCAAUUGUGGUGAAAUAAGUGAAUGUUAAAAAGUAUAUUUCAAAAGAAGCAAAUGAAACCUAGGAAUAAAGCAGUGUUUGGUAUACGCAAAAGCUAGCAAAAGUAAAUAUUUUUCUAACUUCGUACUUUUUCUUUUCCAGUAUAUGAGGGAAUUCGAUAGCUCACAUCAUAAACUGACAUCAAUUAGACGAUUUUUGGGAACUAGUAAAUAAUGGACGACUGUCUCAUUCCAGUAUGAAAUGUUUCUGUAGUAAGCACCCGCAACCCCACCAAAGAAAUAACCUAGGUCCUUCAGGUCUUGCUUCUGGAUCUUAACAUUUAGACUAGUGUGUCAGCAUCUAAUGGUUUACAUGUCUUUGAAUUCAGUCCCUGGUGAGCACACAAAUGCUCACUGUUGUAGAAUGCCAUACUAGCUUACAACAACUAUCCAGCUUUUAUCGGUUCUCAAUCAUUGUAUAUUGUGUGCUUUACCUAUUCAACUUUUUACUAAUUAAAUCAUGACGAUGUGUCUAUUCAACAAUUUGUUAUUUAUCUUAUGAGCCACUAUUUUAUCUGGAAUAUUCUAGUAAAAGUCAAUAAAAUGGUUUCAUUUUAAUCAAAAGGCUUUUUUCUACUUAGGUGGUUAUGAUGGUAGUACUCAUCUACGAACAGUUGAAUGUUUCAAAUCUCCUAUUAAACAAAAUCCCUCUGAAUUAUCAAAUAAUGUUUUGCAAUCAAAAUUUAAUACAUUAUCUAAUUUAUUGAACAAACCUAAGAUUUCUGAUAAUUGUAGCGAUUAUGUUGAUGGUGAUGAUGACGAUAAUAAUGACGAUGGUGUUUCUUGUAAUCAUCAUCCAUGUUCUGUGCACUCUGAUUUUGAGUCUAUUUCUUCAUGCAACUCAACUGAAGCGGUUACAUUUGUUAGAACAACACAAAAUGGGAAAACUAUGAUGUUAGAAAAGCUAAAACCUAAGCCAAUUAGUCAUAAACCAUCUAUUCCAUCCGCUUCAGUUAAUAUCAACUGUUAUAGUCGUACUUCUACACUAUCAUCUGUCAUCCCAUCUUCUUCUAAUCCUUUCGCUGAUUGGCAAUGGUCAUCUGGACCUUCAUUAAUUGCACAUGAGGGAUGGGUUGGUAUAUGUGUCCUUCCUUUUGACCAGUCGUCUUCAGUCCAUUAAUUUCACAUAUUCGUAACAUUAUCAUUAGUGUAGAAAACAUAACUCUGUUUUGUUUUACAAAUGUGUAAAUUCGUUGUGUGUUUUUUCAUUUUGGUGUAAAAAAAGAUGUUUCACGUUCCAUAACUGUUCUGUUGAAGUUAACAUUUCAAUUGUAUACUGUAUAUACCUUAUAUAUUCAUCUAUUUGUUAUGCGUAGACACAUCUGUACUGAUAAUACGUCGUUACAUGUGACUGUGACUAAUUGAUAUAUUUCUGUUUAGUUUUUAUAGAUUAUUUUCUGACAUUAAUUUAUACUCAUUUAUAUUCUCUAGCUUUCUUUCACGUGUAUAUGAUUUCAGCUAAAUAUUUUAUUAUCUCUAUGUAAAUAUCCUUAUCGUAUCUUUUUUUUUUUAGAUUUUGCAUUUCCCAUUUUCUUUUUUUUUUUUGUUCUCUUUCACGAUGGUUCAAUUAUGUGCAUUUGUUUCUUACUAUAAUAAUUGGAUCUCCUUUUUUUAAACAAUAAAAAUAAAAAUAUCUGUAUGAUAACAAUUGAUUUUUAAGCAGAAAUAUCUGCAAUUGGUUGAAUAUUAAAAGAAAAAAAAACGGUUGAUAAAAUUAUAUUGAUUUUGCACAAUCAAAUUGAUUUAAGUUUCCUCUAACUUCCUGAUUUUUUGUUAUUUUACAUUGAGACCUGUUAGUCUUCUGGUUUUUUUUUUUGAAACUAGUUUAGCAACUAAAAUAUAUUUCCAAAAAUAUGUAACGAUUUUUGGUUUACGGUCAAUAUUUGUUGCCUGUUAGUUUUAAUGAACUAAAUUAGUUAGGUUAGAGUGAAUAUUUAUGUUAUAUGAGAUUUGUCUGUGCUAGACUGUAUUAUUCGUACAUCAAAUUCUAUCUCUGUAUAAAUAUACUGGUCUAUCUAAACCAGUAUUGUGUUGUCUUUUGGUUAUGAAUGAUCAAAUAUUGCUGAAUUAUUAGGGUAUGAUAAAAUUAUAAGUCGAUAUUUACUGUGAUGAAAUAUUUAUGUCAGAUGUUUCGAUGCCUGUUAUAGACAUGGCGUUUCUCGGAUAUCAUGAACUAUACAUCUAUACACGUAAGGGUUUGUAGACAGUAAAUAUAACACGUCUCAAGGUCAUAUUAGCCUUAGUUUACUGAUGAGAACUGGACUAUAUAAAAUUAAUUACUAUUUAUCAUUUGACUAGUGUAAACAUAAUAUGACUGAUCAGUAAUUGUUUGG